UAUAUUUUUUAGUCUGUGAACGUCACCAAUUUUUGUGGACGAUUUGAUUUUGCAGCAGCAAAAUUUGUAUUGUAUUGAUAUUAAUUUCCUCUUUCGUUUUUACUUCGAAUACAAAAGGCAACUGAAUGCAAAUAAACAAAAAAUGAUAAGGCUCCAUAAAAUAAAUCAGAUAAGUAAAACACAGUGAGAUAUCCUAUGUUUUGUUACAACAUCACCAAGUCAAGGGUGACAUGUUUUUGAUCAUAGGCUUUGUCGAUACUGGAUGCAGUCACGACAUAUUCCUGUGCUGUGGAGAAAAAAUGUUAGAUAGGCUUUCUUGAGUGUCGUGCAAGCUGUGCGAAGAUGCCAGUGCAGCAGAUAAACGUGAAGAACUCCUCGGACAUCGAGAGCUGGGAAUGGGGUGGCGGCUGCGGGCGCGAUGCGGUGCGCGCGGGGUCGGGCAGCAGCCACACGUCGUGCAGCAACUCCAGCGGGGACAUCUGCCGCAUCUGCCACUGCGAGAGCGAACCGCACAACCCGCUGCUGGCGCCGUGCUAUUGCGCAGGUAGCCUCAAGUAUGUGCAUCAAAGUUGUUUGCAGCAAUGGCUGACUGCAUCCGAGACCCGGUCCUGUGAACUUUGCAAAUUCAACUUCAUAAUGCACACAAAAAUAAAGCCAUUCAAUGAGUGGCGUCUGCUGGAGAUGUCCGGCGUGGAGCGGCGGCGGCUGUGCUGCGCCGUGCUGUUCCACUGCGUGGCGGCGCUGUGCGUCAUGUGGUCGCUGUUUGUGCUCAUUGAGCGCGCCGUGGAGGAGGUCAACCGCGGACUCAUUGCAUGGCCGUUCUGGACGAAGCUGGUGGUGGUGGCCGUGGGGUUCACGGGCGGCGCCGUGUUCAUGUACCUGCAGUGUCGGCAGUACCUGCAUCUGUGCAACCGCUGGCGGGCCCACAACAGUGCAAUGUGUAUCAAUUCCAGGAUCCUGCUGAUCCAGAACGCGCCGGAGAAGAUGUCGAUGUGCGCGGGCGCGGUGCCGGCGCGGGCGGCGCGGCGCGGGGCGGGCGGGGCGGCGGGCGGGGCGGGGGGGGAGCGCGGGCAGGCCGUGGCCAGCAUCGAGCCGCCGCCCGCCGUGCUGCACGAGGAGGACGAGAGCGGCGGCUUCGAGGCCUACCGCGCGCGCCGCCCGCCCCCGGCCCGCGCGCGCACGCCGCCCCCCGCGCCCCCGCCCGUCUACCACAUCGCCGUGGACCCGCUCGAGGCCAACAUCAGCCAGCUGCUGGCGCUGGACGCCCGCGCCGCGCGCUCGCUGCCCAACCUGCCGCACCUGCGCGCCAGCCGCGAGUCGCUCCUGCCCCCCGCGCCCGUCCCCGCCCCCGCGCCCGCCCCCGCCGCCGCCGCCCCCGCCUCCUGAGCCCCGCUGCAGCUCUACCCCGACGACACCAUCUACUAGCGGGUCACAGUGCAGUGCGGACACCAGUUUAGCUUUAAAAUUGAGUCACGGAGUCAUCGCGACGAGUUGUCAUACCUUGAAUGCCAUACUUAACAUUUUUGUAACUGGAUGUGAUGUGCGUCAAUAUGAAUAUGAUCGAGUCUUGUAUAUAGUAGAGACGAUUCUGUAUAUAGUUAUUAAUGUAUUAUAAUCCAAACGUGUAUUUGGUAUUGGUCUUCGGCAAACAUCUCUGUGAGGAGUAUCGAUUCGGAUCGUGAUACGCAGGUUCGGAAUUUUAGGUGAAUCGUAAAGAUAGAAGAUAAAAUGUAUGGGUUUCUAAACGC